AUUAUGUACAUGACUGCAACAGUUCAUGGCUGUCUGCUCUCCUGCCUUAGCUCUCCUGGUGCAAUGGAGGACACAUCGAGCCAGAAGUCAGGACAGAGCGAAGGUGCACUGGGCUCCUUAAUGCCAGAAGAGACUCCUGCCAAUUUUAUAUGUGUCAAAUUGGAGGAGUAUGAGCCCACAGACUUCAGCACCAAGGAACUCAUCCUAAAGAAAGCCAGAGAGGUCUGCACAUGCGAUCAUCAAACCAUCAUCACUUUCUUCUGUCGGCUGUUCCCAGUGCUGGACUGGCUUCCCCGGUAUAACAUCAAGACGCAAUUGCUUGGGGAUGUUGUAUCUGGGCUCCUGGUGGGGAUAGUUGCCAUCCCUCAGUCCAUCUCCUACUCCCUGUUAGCCAACCAGGAUCCCAUCUACGGAAUCUACACCAACUUCUUCUGCAAUAUCAUCUACGUUGCUAUGGCCACUUCGCGCCAUAACUUCGUGGGCUCCUUUGGUGUCCUGUGCCUGAUGAUUGGGCAGUCUGUGAACCGGCACCUCCAGCUAGCAGGGUACAGCAAUGACAACGCUGGAUCUUCACUGGCGGGCAACUCCACCUCCUCCAGCAAUGGGACGGGUGCCUGUGACAGGAGCUGCUACGCCAUCACUGUGGCCCUUUCCUUAAGCUUUCUGGUUGGUCUUUACCAGAUCCUGCUGGGGGUUUUACAGCUGGGCUUUGUGGCUGUCUACCUGUCAGAACCUCUCCUCAGUGGCUUUGUGACCGGCUCCAGCCUCACCAUUAUCACCUCCCAGAUGAAGUGUCUCCUGGGACUGAAAAUCCCUCGUCAUGAAGGGGUGGGAUCCUUCAUCCUGACCUGGGUUGACCUUUUCAGAUACAUCCAGAACACCAACAUCUGUGACCUGGUCACCAGCCUGGUUGCUUUGGCCAUCAUAGUGCCCGUCAAAGAGAUCAAUGACAGGUAUAAGGAGAAGAUGAAGGCCCCACUCCCCAUAGAGCUGCUGGUGGUCAUUGUAGCCACAGUAAUAUCUUACUACUUUAAUUUCGAAGAGCGAUACAAGUCUGCUGUUUGUGGGGAUAUCCCCACCGGUUUCAGGAAACCCACUCUACCAGAUAUAAACCUGUUUUCCAGCCUGGCAGUUGAUGCUCUGCCUAUUGCUGUUAUUGGCUUUGCCAUGACUGUCUCCCUGGCAGAAAUCUUUGGCAAAAAGCAUGGCUACGCUGUCCGUGCCAACCAAGAGAUGAUUGCCAUUGGCAUGUGCAACCUGAUCCCUUCUUUCUUCUACUGCUUUGCUAGCUCUGCGGCUCUGACCAAGACUCUGCUGAAGGAGUCCACAGGGACCCAGACCCAGGUCUCUGGCUUGGUCACCUCCCUGGUGCUGCUGCUAGUGCUGCUGUGGAUCGCCCCACUCUUCCACUCGCUGCAGACCUCCAUCCUGGGGGUGGUCACCAUUGCCAACCUGCGGGGGGGCCUGAGGAAGUUCCGUGACACCCCCAGCAUGUGGCGGCUCAGCAAGCUAGACACAGUGGUGUGGUGGACAACCAUGCUGUCCUCCACGCUGAUCACCACAGAGAUUGGGCUUCUCGUGGGCGUCUGUUUCGCUCUGCUCUGUGUCAUCUUCCGCAUGCAGAGACCCAGGGCCACACUCCUGGGCAAGGUCAGCAACACAGAAAUCUACGAGGACCAGUCCACUUACAAGCAGCUCAGCACUAUUGUCAACAUCAAAAUCUUCCGCUUCGAGUCAUCCCUCUACUAUGCCAACAAGGACUAUUUCAAAGCUGUUCUCUACCAGAAAACCGGGGUAAAUCCUAUCCUGCUGGCCACUAAGCACCAAAGGGUGGAGGCCCAGGCAAAUGCAGACACAGCCAACAGCAAGAGCUUUUUUGGCACCAGGUUUGACUGCCUGAAACAGGCCAAGAAAAGGGCUGAGAAGCCUCCAGUAGAUGCCUGCCCUCCCUGUGUAGGUAUGCACACCUUAAUCCUUGACUGUGGGGCAAUGCAGUUUAUAGAUACCGGAGGCCUCUCUGUGCUAAAGGAGAUGCAUCAUGACUAUAAGGAGAUUGGCGUCGAGGUGCUCCUGGCCAACUGCAACCCUUCCAUCCGCCACCUGCUCCGGCAGGGAGGCUGGGCUGGCAAGACAGACAGUGGCGGUCAGUUGGCUUUCCACAGCGUCCACAAUGCAGUGCAGUUUGCUGAGCGGCGGUACCAUGUGCAGCAGGAGGAGAGCAAGGAGAAAAAGGAUGCUCUCCCAGACCCUGAAGACUUGAACUUCCAGGUGUCUUUGUAGCCCUGUGUGUGAGGAACGAUUUCUGAUGGGGAUGGGCUUGGGGUGCACUUGGUACGUGCAGUCAGAGCGUGCAAAAAAGACUUUGAUGAAUGGCCAGCACCAGGCAUGGGGCAAAAGGAUUUGGGGACUAGGGAUUAUCCCGCAUGGAUAGGUGUCUCUCGUGGGCACUGGGGGGCACGAGUGAGCCGUGAUGAACAGACUGAGCCGACCUUUCCAGUUCUCGGGGCUCCGCGGUCCGCCCGGGGGGGGACGCGGCUCUGGUGGAAGAGAGGGGUCAAAGAGAGGGUGUCAGACCGCUCUGCUUUCAAGCCCAAGUGCUGCAUCCCAGCCCCCAGCCCCCGGGCAGGGCUGGUUGGGUCAGGGCUGGAUAGAAGGGUGCCUCCGGCUGAUCGUGGCACCCUUUGCUGUGGUUUAGGGAGCCCCUGCCCCGUCAAGAGACUGCUCAACUGUCAGGAUGUGGAAAAGCAGGAGGUGAGCUGGAGCCACCGCCGGGAUGGAACAGUGUCCCUCACUGACCCGGUGACAUUCGGAAGUGGCCUGGUCCUCACACUGUCCAUAAGGGCCAGCAGCAUGGGACAAUGCUGUCCCUCUGCGUUACAAGCACUGCCACGGUCCUUGAGGCAGUAAUAGGUGUCACUCUGCGGCAGUGGCAAUCACAGGAGGAGGCUUUGCAGGGGUUUGUCCCCAGAGGGCUGUGAGCAACCCAAGCUUUAUGUCUGAAAAUCCCAUUCCCCGUGGCACCCUGGCAUUAACCACCAUCUGAUUGCUUUUUGUGGGGAGGGAGGGUCAAGAAAGGACACUAAGGCAAAGGAGAGAGGAGCUGUAGGCAAGGUCUGCCAUCUGCUCCUCUGAGGAGCCCUGGUGAUGCUUCCCACCUCCCCAUGGGGAGGCACAGCCCCAGCCUCCAAGGCUAGGCAUGAAGGCAAGCAACUCCCCUGUGUUGUGCAGCUCAAGGUGUGCACCCCCAGACAGGAAAGGAGCCACAGCCUGCUGGGACCCACCAGGGAGGUUCACAAAGGCAACAGGAGCUUGUUACUUGGAGUUUCAUUCUAUGUGCACCUCGAGCACCUGUAUAAUGGCCCUACACAGAAUAACUAGGGAAAGGAUGCCAGCGUCCUCUGUUGUGGCACAGUGCCUUGAAAAUUGCAUUGUGGAGAAGUGCAUGCCCCAAGGCAUCUUUGGGUGCCAGACAGCAAGGCCACUCACCUGCCUCCUGAGACGUGCAGCAAUGGGGCCUAUGGCCCGAUUACACCGGGGACAAGAACCACCCGUCCCACUCACUCCCUCACUCACUGAUGUAUAUUCAUCUUUUGCUGCCUUUAUUUUGGACUGCCCUUCUCUUCCCCGACAGCCACUCUGAGUCAAUGCAGGAAAUGGAUUGCAGAGGCUCAUUUAUUUUCCAAACACCCUAUGGCAUAGAGUUUAACAGCCCCUCAACGGUCACAAAACAAUGGCAACAAGCCCAGCGACAGCAAAGCACUUCCUUUAAAAACAAACAAAGUCGUUUCAGAAACUGCUGGGAGUUUGUUCAGCUGAUAGUUCUCCCUCAGGCCCUGUGUGUAGCUCAGGACAGUCUCCUGCAGGGGAGAAGAGGCGCUUUCCCCUGCUGUUAUUUACAGACUGAGGUUCUCAUGACUUCUAUAGCUGAGAUUAUAGAUUUCUUCCCCAGAAAAGGUAUCCGAGAUCACCAGCUGCUCUUCAUAAACUCUAAAUCAGGAACACCUGUGCCAUAGCUUGCAAUGGCCACGGUUCUCCCAGUGUUUGCCAGAAUUUGUGCUGCCUUUCAAAUGCAAUGGCUGGAUCCUGACUGCAGCUGGAGAAACGUUGCUGCCACCCAUGGCCGUCAGGCAGGGCUGUCUUCUGCCUGCAGCACUGACAGAGGGGACCUGGCUCCGAAGCAGACACAAGGACUGGUCCUUUCUGCUGGGCUGGGACAGGCAGCGUCAUGCUGGCUCUGCUUCUGCAUCCCAGGGGUGAGUCCUUGCUCUGAGCUGUGAGGCUCCACAGCAUUGCCAAGUACCAGAAUAGCUUUUCUUCCUUGAACUCCAUCUGUAAAAACACCUUUUGUGUUGCAUAUUUAAUAAGUGACUAUUCCCCUGGCCUCAUCCAAGAAACGUGGCACCAGAGAUAUUGUGCUGAAGGGAACUCUAGCUUUGGCAGUGACUCCAGAGCCCAGGGACAGGACGCUGUUGUAAAUAAAGUGCAUGGAAAAGGAAACCUGCUGGCUCUGCUCAGGAAAAUGUCUUCUUGUGGUCAAAUGGAUUAAAGAGAUGCCCAGCUGCUUGCAGGUCCUUGGAGCAAGCUUGUAAGUGUCAGAUGAAGCUGAAUUGAUGGAGAGGCCAGUGCGAGGCUUGCAGGGCUGGAGGGACAGGCGUGCUCGGCAUGCUCCGGGUGCCAGCGGGGUGCAGCUCUCAGGUGCUGCAGCACCUCCUCUCGCCAAGGGUCCUGGCAGGCCAUGGCAGCAUGAGGCAACUCCCCAGGGAGGCUGCAUCAGCCAUGCAGCAAUGAGUAAUGGGGCAGUUUUGUGUCUGAACGGAAGAGAAUCAGCAAGGCAGUAGAGAAGAAAAGCCUUGUUACCUGCAAGGAUUAUGACCUUCCCUCCCCUUUGGAAUAGCAUUGCCAUAAUUUUCUUCAUAAGACUGUUUAUGGUGAAAAUUAAAUUGUUUUAGUUAGACUUGGAUGCAUUUAUGUUCUCAGUGGGGUCAUAAAGCCACAGCAGGAAAUAAAACCAGUGCUGAUAAUUCCUGGGCAUGGCCUGGUGCAAGCUAGCACAGAGAUUACUGUCAGAGCAGCGGUUCCCACAGCCCUCUGUGAUGGGAAAUGGCUUUUUAUGUGAGUGGUUUCUGCUCAGAGCCAGGAGAGCAGUUUUAUGAGAUGCUUUCCCUGGGAAAGGAUAACCGAGGUGGCAACCUCCUUCCCUCUCCUCUCCAGCCCAGAGCAGCUGGGAUCUUGAUGGCAGUCCUUGCACAGGCUGCUUGCCCAGAUCUCCCAGCCCAUCGGCGCCAGCAUCACCUUCCAGCCCACAAGUCAAACGUCUCGGUGACCCAGCCUUUCUCUGUUCCCCACAGAUUGGCAAGGUAGCUUGAGGAUAACUGCUAUUUUUAUAUCAGUUGCUAUGAAGAGGCCCUGGGUUGUAAAUGACACAGAGGAGAGAUGAGGAAAGACAAAUGACACAGUCCAAGGUCAGCUUAUAGGCAGUGUUGUGGGAGGUCAGGCUGGCCUCUCACCACCUGCAUCUCCUGGUGGAGGAGCAGGAAGGGACCGCGACAACUGUGGGCCAAUUCCUGGUGAUGAAAGGCUCCUGGUGAGGGCACAGGGUGCUCGUCUACCCCCAGCACCCAACUGCAACAGCCCAAAUCCCCCUCUUUGCCAAAGGACCUCAGCACCUCAGUGGGGCGCUGACCCACCACAACUCCCACCCAAGAGGACCCACCACUGUGUCCCCGACAGGCUGCACCCCGGGGCCUCUCGUGUGCCUGUCCCCUAAAGCUUCACCAGGGGCUGAGGAAGUGCCGUGCAGCUGAAAGCAAAUGUUAUCCCUCCUGUUAAGCAGCUCACCUGUUAUUCUGCUUCUCUCUCUCCCCCCUGCCUUGCUGUGGAUCUAUAAAUACUCCAGGAGUGUGAUAAAUAGAGGAUUGCUGCUAAAGCUUUGUCAGCUGCAGUUGGAGCUGACUGUGCAACUGUUAAUUAUGCCUCAGCAGCAGCCGGACAGGUUUAAAUCCUUUUGAUGCUUUGAAAUGCUCCCUCUGGGGAAGUUUAAGGAAUAAAGGUUGUCGUGGCUGAUGGGUGUUUGCUUCCCCUUCUAGAAAGCAUAUGAGACACUGAUUGC